GUGUCAGUGGUUGGUGGUCCCCGGUUGCCUGGGAUACGCUCGGUGACAGCCCCGCCCCCUCCAUACACGGUGUGCAGAACUCUUCCGGGUUCCCAUUUCCUGCACGGAGAGCGGACGGAGCGGAGGAUGAAGAUGACGGUUCCAUGGCUGGCGGUGUUGUUGGGGGUUGUGGUGUGCGGAGCUCUGGGCGGCUCGGUGUACCGGAGAGAACAGGACGGAGGAGGAUCGGUACUACCGGCCAUCACGAGGAACAGCACCGCCGAGACCCCGGGGACUCCGAGCAACGACACCAACGGGGUGACCCGAGUGAGCUCCAUCCGGGAAUACAUGCCCACCAUCCGCAGCGUCUUCAUCUUCGUCUGCGGCUUCAGCACCCUCCUCAUCGCCUGCCUGGUGGUGAAAAUUAUCCGGUCUGGUAAAAGGAUACGGAAAACUCGGAAAUAUGACAUCAUAACAACACCCGCCGAGCGCGUGGAAAUGGCCCCUCUAAACGAGGACAAUUUUGAGGAUGAAGACUCAACAGUAUUUGAUGUGAAGUACAGAUAUAGGUAAAUGUUGAUGUUCCACAUCUGGUUGUGAAGAAUUGUGUGGAGCCGAAUGUCUGAAGCACACUUGGGAAUGACUUAUCUCGAAGAGAACAUGUGAAUCGAAAAGGUUUCAUCACACACUAGUUAUGAACCUACAUGGAUACAACAGCUUUAAAUAAAACUUUGUACCUAUUCUGGAAGCUUCAGACAAAAUAAGGAGAAGACAUGUAGACCAAUUCUAACUGGAUCUUCUAUCUUCUUUUUUUUUUUCUCCAUUUAAUAUAUCUAUCAUUACUACAAGCCAAAGACCCGCUUGUGGCUUCUGUUUGAAGACAUUUCAUGAAAACAUUUAAUUACAGGGAACAUUCCACCGGUGGAGCCAGAUCAAUAUGCCUCCAGGUAACAGAGAAAUCAAUACGUGAUUUCUUCCCCAAUUUUCUCCAAGGAAUUUUUUCAUGUAAAAAAUUAAUUAGGUUCCUGCCACAUGGUCGGCAGGCAGCUCCACUAUUGCUCUCCGUGAGAGAGAAGAUAACAUCCAGAUGGCAACAACAUGCUCCUUGGAUAUGAGACUGACUCAUCCACUAACAUCUUGCCAAUAAAAUCCACCGAAAUUUA